GUUCUUGAUGCCAAAGGAUUGCUGACUGCUGAGAGAAUCAGCUGUCCUCUCUUUCUUUCACUGUAACCUGAAAUUUGUGUUCAGACUUUAUGAUAAUUUUACUACGUGUUCCGUGUCGAAAUAAUAUAUAGAUCUAUUGAAUUGUUUAAAUUCAAAGGCCCCAUGCUUUACUGGCUUUAUCAUUUCCAUAAUGGAUAUUCAAGACAUGUUUCAUGCUUGCAAAUUGGGAGACUUGCAGCGUCUUCAGUAUCUUGUAGAGAUGAAAGAGGUAGACAUCGACACCCGGGAUAAAUGGGACAGUACACCGUUAUACUAUGCUUGCUUAUGUGGCCACAGAGAUAUUGUGGAGUAUUUGCUGGAUAAAGGUGCCAAAUGUGAGGCAAACACCUUUGACGGUGAGCGCUGCCUGUAUGGGGCAUUAACCGAUGACAUCAGAAACUUGCUGAAGAGCUAUCAUGUUAUUUCAUCGAGAACCAUCAGGAGGGAGCUGUAUGAAGAAUUUCUCAGAAGACUGCUACAGGACCGAGUCUACAGCGACGUCGUGUUCCGGGUACACGGCGAAGAGUUCCCCGCCCAUCGCUGCAUUCUCAGCGCCCGCUGCUUGUUUUUCGCCAACAUGUUCAAGACAAAAUGGCUGAACAAACCCGUGGUGGAGCUGAAUCAUUCAUUGAUGUCUGAAGGAGCCUUUGGGUCAAUCUUACAGUAUCUGUACACAGGUUCUAUGGGCGUGUCGAUGGACCUGGUGGACGACUGCCUCAAACUGGCCCGCCAGUGUCAGCUCUACGAACUCAUGACGGAGAUAGAGGACAGGAUGAAAAAGACGUUGUCCUGGGAGUCGAGCAAGCCCGGUGUGAGAGUGACCACCCUGGUGCUGGAAUCACAGGGCAGCGACGUCUUGCAGCGAGACCUGGCACAGCUGGCACACUGGGCGCUGCCUGACCAACUUAAUUCUUGGGUGGUGGGUGAGCUCCCCUUUGAGCCCGAGUCUCUGCCACUAUCGUACCCCGACAUCUGCUUCUGUGUGCAGGAACACAAGUUUAUGUGUCACAAGGUGUUUUUCUGUGGGCGCAGUGACUACUUCCAAGCUCUGCUGGAAGACCACUUCGGGGAGUGUCAGCAGGGGGAGUCGGUGCCCACGCUCAUCCUACACGACGUGUCUGUGGACGUGUUUGUGCGGAUCCUCAUGUACAUCUACACAGACUCGUGUGAUCUACACGCAGAUUUUGUGGGCGACGUGCUGAUGUGGGCGGACAUGUACCUCCUGCCGGGGCUGAAGCGACUCUGUGCCUCCUCCAUGAUGGCCUACGUGGAUCUCUCCAACGUCGUCAGUCUCAUCCGAACCGCUCGACUUUUUAACCUACCUCGGCUGGAAUCGCACUGUGCAGAGUUCAUCGCGAAUAAUUUGUCAAAGGUGAUCUCUCAAGAAGACUUCAAGGCUCUUGUGAUAGAAGAUGCCAGCAACGUGCAGCAGAGAGAGGAGACGGACAGCAUAGACAUUGUGGACGAGAUCCGCUUCUACAUCUCCAGCUUUGUGCUCACCUACAGCGAGAUGGAGGAGGCCAAUGAGAAGCUGAGGCUGAUCGACGACAUGUUGGAGGAGUUGGACAUCGAGGGAUAGAGGGAUAGGAACCAGUGGCCAGUGGUGCUAAUAACAGGGUUCUUGCGACGUCCUUGAAUUCAAGGAGUCCUUGAAAACUCCUUGAAUUUGCAUACAAGGAAAAAUCUCCUUGAAAACUCCUUGAAUUUAAGGAACCUCCUUGAAAACUCCUUGAAUUUCGCUGGAUCGAACAUUAACAAAAUGUUUGUCUGAUUGCUCUAGGUGCACAGUCAAAAACGGCAUGAAUUUCUUGACCAAAUCUCCUUGAAACUUCUUUGAAAUCUCCUUGAAUUUGGUAGGGAGUUCAUGGCAGGAACCCUGCAAUAACUAUUAUACUGGGGGGGGGUGUGGGAAGGAGAGUGAGAGAUGUUCUCUUUCUAGACCAAUGUUUGCCAACCUGGGCGACCCACCAGUGGGUGAUUUAUUCAUUUUGAAUUGAUGGGUGGUGGGUAACACCAGGGCAGUGACAGGUGUUGUCUAAUCCCCUGAUUGAAACAUGUGUAGGUGGGUGGUACAAAAAUACCAGCCUCUUACUUGUAGGUGGGAAAAGUUGGUGCUGGCUACAAAAAGGUUGACAAGCUCUGGUUUAGACUGAUCCGUCUGAUAUUUACGUGAAAGCAGUACGGUAGUGUCAGGGUCUUAGCUCACCUUUCUCAGCGGAUGAUUAGGGCUCUUGUUUCCCAUUACUGACCUGAUGUAACUUUGAAGCGAAAUUGGACAUACAAAAUGCCCAUAAAUAGACAAUAGAAAACACAAAACUAUGGAAUUUGUCAUCUCACUCAUUAACUGCUGUGUCCAAAACUCCCCAUGCUGUUUGCUAGUAUUAUUAAGCUGGUGUGGUAGUGCUAAGGUCAAGUAUUUGUAUAGUCUGAUAGGUAGAACGUCAUUUGAUGUCCAGCCUAUAAAUCUUUGAUCAUAUGAGGCUUUAUUGGUCAUUGUCAGACAUAGAUGGAAUAACUAUUAUUAUGAUUGUUAUCAUCAAGCUUGAAAGUUAAAUGUGAGGCAGUGUGGUAAAAUCAGGCGCUCGUCAAAAUAAUGAAAGUCAAGAAAUUGUCAUUUUUCCGCAGGUUAUGGAAUUAUUAUUGAAUUUCAGUUUUUUGAGUCAACACCUUUCAUGCCCUUUAAAGAACACAUUUCUGUGUGGAUUUUACUGAAAAACGCUGAUUAAAGGUAUAAAA